AUGUUCUUCCCUUUAUCGCACAUUGUGAGCAUCUUGGGCGAGUUCAACCGCGAGCAGGAUGCAUUCAUCAAGGGGCAGGAGGGUCGUGGCAGUGCCGCCGCCGUGCCUCCCUGGGUGGGAGCUCCCAACGAGGCCGCUCUCAAGGAGGAGUGCCUAUCUUUGUCUACUGACCGACGGAACUUUGUGCGCGCUCCUCCCGCUGGUGUCGAGUUCGAUUUCGAUUAUGACAAGAUGUACCCAGUGGCUGUGGCCAUCAUGGGCGAGGAUCCCAACCUCGAGAAGAUGCGCUUCGAUCUCUUGAUCAUCUACAAAAAUAUAUAUCGCUGGUUUCAAUAUGUUUCCAGCAUCACGGAGGAGAACUUCUGGCGGAACUAUUUCUACCGCAUGUCGCUGAUCUGCCAGGCUAACGAGGCGGACGCGGCUGCUGGACGCCAGAGCAGCGCCGAGGACUCCCAGGACGACGAUAAAUCGGCAAGCGACAAUCUGAUAGCCAAUGAAAAAUCGUCACAAGAAUCGAUUGAUGACGUCAAGAAACGAAUAAAAUCGUUGAAAGUCGAUAGAGAAAACGAAGAUGAACAAUGGGAGAAAGAGCUUGAAGCCGAGCUGAAUGAGUACGAGGUGGUAGCAGACAAAGCCGGGGACGACAAACAAUGGGAGAAGGAAUGUGAAGACCUACUCGGAGACGACAUGGACCUCAAGUAG